AUGUUUCUUCAGGGACAAGAGUUAAACAAUGAAACAGUCCAAUCUGAAUUUCUUCUCCUGGAAUUCUCAAAUAUUCGAGGGCUGCAAAUUCCACUCUUCAUUGGAUUCCUUGCCUUUUACCUGGCAGCAGUCGUGGGAAACAUUCUCAUCAUCUCUGCAGUUGCCUCUGACCACCACCUGCAUACCCCCAUGUACUUCUUUCUCAUGAACCUGGCCAUACUGGAUGUGGGUCAAGUGUCCAUCAUCUUCCCCAAAGCCAUGGCCAACUCCCUCAUGAACUGCAGGCACAUUUCUUACUCUGGGUGUGUGGCUCAGGUCCUCUUGUAUGUCUUCUUUAUAGUUUCUGAUUUCUUUCUUCUCACUGUCAUGGCGUAUGAUCGGUAUGUUGCCAUUGGCAAUCCAUUGCAAUAUGAGAAGCUGAUGAAUAAGCAAUCCUGCAUUCAAAUAAUUACUACUGUAUGGAUCCUUAGUUUUUGUAGUGCUGUGUUACACACUGGAGGGACCUUUGCAGCUCCCUUUUGCUCAAAUGUGGUCAAUCAGUUUUUUUGUGAAAUCCCCCAUUUACUUAAGCUUGCUUGCUCUGAAUCGAACCUGUUUGAAACCGGAGUCCUUUCCUUAGUUGUUAUCUUUAGCUUAGUGUGUUGUAUUUUCAUUGUUGUGAGUUAUGUGCACAUCUUUGCUGUAGUUCUAAGAAUCCCUUCUGUGCGGGGGAGGCAAAAAACUUUCUCAACUUGCCUUCCUCAUCUCAUUGUUUUCUCCACACUAAUAGUCACAGGAUAUUUUGCUUACCUCAGGCCAACCUCUAACUCUACCUCACAUCUGGAUUUGGCAUUUACUUUGGUAUAUACCAUGGUCCCACCCUUGAUGAAUCCAGUAAUCUACAGCAUGAGGAACAAGGACAUCAAACAUGCUCUGACAAGGUUAUUUGGUAUUUGUUGGUCUUCUAGUAAAGUGUUCUCCAGUCUUGUUCUGCAAAAGUGA